AUGAUGUCAUAUGAGAGGUUCAGUGCUAGCAAGGCAAAGGUUCAGGCCGCCUUUGAUGACGUGGAGGCAUGGAUUUUUCAGGCCUUUGAAGAGGGCGUGCAAGAUCUUGAAGGGGACCAGGACCUGGGGCUAGAAGUUGCGCAGAGACGACGAGGGAUGCGCUUCUUUGCUGCGGGUCGUGCAAGGGAUGGCAAGCAAUUUGCAUCGAUUCUCUUUCCGCUGUUUCAUGGAGAUCCCAACAGGGAGAUUUACGAAGAGGCCUUCAGUGACGUACUGCGGGUUGCCGGCAGUUCUGUGAAGCCGGGAUCCAGGCACAAGCUGUCGUUUCGUGCGGGCGUCCUGUUCUUCACGGCCGACAGCCUGGGCAACACGUACGGUGUUGUGGCUUCUGAUGAUUAUCCCCUGGCGAAUGCAUACAAUUUCUUGGAAGAGAUCCUACAGGUCUACCACAGCAUUGAUGUCGAAAUUGCGCUCAACGAGGCAGAUGAGUCACUGUGGACCGAGCCGCGAUUUCGAGAAGAUGCGUUUGGUGUUCGUGAGUUGGCAGUUGCCAGCUGGAAGAAGCAGUUGCGACCAGGAGACGGGUGCUCUGCUCAGGUCGAGUUCUCUGAAGACUUGCACUGCUUGCAGGAAUCGCUCUGA